CCAAAAAACAUGGCGGCCGUUAUGUCUGCAACUUUUCGUCCUCUAAUAUUGAGUUGUACCUGUAAAAUUCCUGCUCGAGCUGAGCUUGGUGUGGUGUCCAGAUAUACUACGGCGAAAAAGAAUAAAGAAUUCUACGGAUCGUUGGUAUCAACAAGUUUACCAGAUGUAGAUUCAGAAAUUGAAAAGGUAUCUCCACACUCCAUGCGAGGGAAGGCGAUGAGAGCCAUGGAGAUGAGAUUAAAGAGAUUCACACCACUUCCAGCUCCAAGGGAAUCCAAAAUGGUGGACGACCAGGAAUGGGCGGGGGUGUACCCCACUGCAGCCAGCUUCAAGUGGUCUGCUGUACCCCUCCCACUCCGGAUGGGAUACCCUGUCAGGAGGGGAAUUCCCCCUCAUAAGUUUGGAAAUCUAGAACUUAUCAAGAUUCCCAAUUUCCUUCAUCUGACUCCACCGGCCAUCAAGAAACAUUGCGCAGCUCUGAAAGAGCUGUGCUCAGACUGGCCAGAAGGUCUAGAGACAGACGCUGACUGUGAAAGACACUUUCCUCUAGAGACAGUGGAAUCUGAUUACACCUUCGUUGGGUCGUCUCUCAGACAUCCACAGUCAAGGGAGGUCACUGUAAAGGUAAAAUUAAGUGAGUUAUCCCUGGACAAGCACGCACGAUGGAAGUACAUUCAACUGGUCGGAGAUAGAUACGACAAGGAGACAGAUAUAAUCACUAUCUCAGCAGACAGGUGCCCCCUGAAGAAACAGAAUUAUGAUUACUGCAUGUAUAUCAUGAGUGUGCUCUAUCAUGAAGCAUGGAUCUGUGAGCCCUGGGAAUCAGAGAUCACUGAUGAUGACAUGGAAGAGUAUGUGUGGGACAUCAGUCCUUCAAAGACCUCCAUCAUCAGUACAAUAGCCAGGAUAAGGAAUAAGACGAUGGGCAACGGCGAAGUAGACCCACAGCUGGAGGAGGAGAUCUUGGAGAGCAAAGAAGUUCAGGAGCUCAGAGAUUCCGUCUUAGACAUAAGAAACGCAGGAGAGUCCUUAGACAAUCUGGAGAGAUACAAAGAAGCAGUGCUGGGGAUCGUUCGUAGUAAAGCUACACUAGCAAGCAGUUGAUAACCCUUCCUUUAUCGAUGGACUUUAUGAAUUUGUGAACCGUGUAUGGAGAUUCUCGCCCUCUGAUUGGUCAACAGUGCAGGCAUGAAAUUCGCUACUGACCGUUGCCUGCUGGUCAUUAUGGCAAAAUACAUUGACCAGGCUUAGUUCUACUUGAGUGUACCAUGUGAGGAUACAAUGGUUGAGUUGGGAGUUAAAGGUAAAGACCAGUAUUGGAAACGCCCCAAUUUCAAGAAAUGAAAUGGAAGCUCUCAUUACCAAUCAUGUGAAAGAAUAUGUUUUGACCAAUACAUGAUGAUAACAAAUUUACCAGGAAACCGCCU